AACAAAAAUUUUAAAAAAUUCAACUUCAAGCUUAAUUGUUUUCUUUUCACGUCGUGAUGCACAUGUGAUAUUGUUAACUACUGAACCAGAAUCAAAAAAUAUGAAAACAAGUUCGCAUAUUUUCAAGUUUAUAGUUUUAUGUUGCAAUUUUGCAGCUUACGCCUGCGUCGUCAGCAAAUAUAAUGCUCUGAUAUUCGAUCGCAUUAAAAAAUCCCUCAUCGAAGUACCCUCCAACAAAAUUCCAGAAGAUGCGAAUUAUAAACAAUGGGCAUCAGCAUGUCCGGCAGAAGAUAAUAACGACGAAACUAACAAAAUAUUCAACGAAGAAAAAUCAUUGUACAAAAAUGCCUUAUUUGUACGAUACAUUUAUAGCGAAAAAGAUCAGCAGAAUUUUGCAGUGAACAUAUGCGAUAAGCCUUUCAAACUUUCAAUUGUUUCCUUUAAUGAAAUAUCGUUUUAUUCUGAGUUCGGAUAUGAUAUUUAUGUUGACAAAUCAGAUGAAGAGAAAUUUACACUUUCCGAUAAAUCGAUGUACAGAAAGUUUCAAGAUGAAAUGAAAGUACUAGCUUCGCCAACGAAAUUAACUACGCGAUUACUUGGAAUACCUUAUAAUGCAAUAAAAUCUAUAUUAAAGUCGCGAGGCAAAGAAACGAUAAAACAGGACAAAGAAAAGGGAUUCAUUUGGAUACCUUUAUUCAAAGUGAAAAUUGAAAGUGGACAGCUUCGAAAAAUAAAAUACGACAUCCGUAUGAACAACAGACAACCAUUGAUUGAAUGUGACAAUCACAGUUUGGGGGAAGAAAUGUUUCACAAUAUCGAUGCUAAAGAAUUAUACUUGAAAGACAUUCAAGAAGAAGCAUUCAAUGAGGCGGAACUACCCAAAGAAUCAAAAGUGGCGUGUAAAAAUACGUACGAAUGUUUUGAAAAAUGGUCAUUAAUUCCGACAGACCAGUUUCAGUUUGGAUCUUCUGCACUUCCUACGUGUUCCAAUGUGACAACCAUACCUAUAUGGAGCAGUAUUCUGAAACGCAUAUUACAAAAAGUAGAUGAUUUUUUGUACGCUUUAUCCAGGAUGGCCGAAAAACCAUUACAUAUUAUCGCAGGAGUCCAUAAACACCUCCUUUUACCAUCAAAAACUACGUUGCCACCAAAAAAAUUAAUGAUUUUGAAAAAAGACGGAUUCGCGUUAUACGUACCAAAAAUAAUUUACAAAAUGGUGAAACUAAAAUCGAAAAAUACCUGCAAAGAACAAGAUCCUAAUUGUUGGAGUGGUGUCCUGAUAGUGAUCCAUAAUAAUCCAAAUUUCAAACAGGAACAUCGAAUUUGCGAAAAUAGUAAAACUAAUGAAUUGGGAUGGACAGAGAUCACCAUGUAUGAGACAAUAUCUACUACAGGAGCCAGAUCCAAAUCCGAAUCCGAACACACGUAUGUUUGUCCAAUCACGAAAGAUACCCUCGAACAUAUCGGAUUGAAGUACAUAUAAUUCGAAGUUAUCAACUACUGAACUAUCAUUGAAAAAUUUAUCAAACGGAUACGGAACCAGAGUUCUUGAACAAUUGGAGCAAUUGUUUUCAGUUGACGACGAAAAAGUAAUAGAACGGCCUCCUUUUGCUGAAGAGAACUUUCGAUGAAGUAGGUAGGUAUUAUACCUAUAACGCCGAGGGAGGAGAAGAAAGAGCCACUUAAAAAUUGUUAAAUUCAAAAAUCAAUCAAUUGCUUUUAAUUGUAAAAUAUGUAAAUGAAAAUUUACGCACCGAGAGCUACAAAGUGACAAAUAAA